ACAUGUGUGCUUGUUGACAGAAAUCGCGGACAAUUUGAUCACUUGUCACUUAGACGGCGUUCACACGGACAAGAAGUAAUGGCUAGGCCUCACAAGCAACUUCUAAAUUCAGUUGAGUCAUGUGUAGACGAGAUGCUAGAAGGCGUGGCAGCAGUCAACCUAGGCGUAAAGAUUCUCAGAGGCCAUCGAGUUAUCGUGCGUGCUGAUAUUGAAGAGUCGAAGAGGAAGGGGCAAGUUACUGUCUUGUGCGGUGGAGGGUCUGGUCACGAGCCAUUUGCAGCAGGAUUCGUUGGAAAGGGAAUGCUAUCGGCUGCUGUGGCCGGUUCCGUGUUUACAUCGCCUCCACCAAACCAGAUUCUAGCAGGGAUCCGAUAUAUUGCCGGCCCAAGUGGAGUGCUACUCAUAGUCGCUAAUUACACUGGUGAUAGGCUGAACUUUGGAAUAGCGGCCGAAAGAGCUAUAGCAGAAGGCAUCGAUGUCGCCACUGUUACAAUAAGUGAGGACUGCGCCCUCUCUAGUACGGACAAGACGGCUGGUAGAAGAGGCCUGUGUGGAAUCGUUCUUCUUAUGAAGAUUGUUGGCGCUUUAGCAGAAGAAGGGCGGUCGUUGAAGGAAAUAAGUAGUAUCGCAGAGGAGACAACCAAAGCUAUUGGCACCAUUGGUGUAAGCCUAACCCCAUGCCAUGUACCUGGUUCCGGCGCAACGUUUGACAUAGCGGAAGAUGAGAUGGAACUUGGCUUAGGAGUCCACGGGGAGGCAGGUGUGAAGCGUAUGAAGAUUCUUUCAGCAGACGAUAUUGCUGCCAUCAUGAUAGAUCACAUGACGGAUCAGCAGACCUCGAGUCACAUGAACCUAAAUGCAGACGAUCACGUCGCCAUCGUUUUGAAUAAUCUUGGCGGCACUUCAUACCUUGAAAUGUUUGUGAUGAUUCGUGGAGCGAUCAAAUACUUAGAGUCAAAUUGCAUCAUAGUGGAAAGAGUUUACGUUGACCAUUUUAUGACGUCAUUGGAUAUGGCUGGCUUGUCGCUUACAAUUCUACAUCUGACUGAUCUUCGUCUAAGGUGUCUGGAUAAAGAGACAAGUGCCAUGAGUUGGAAGCAGAUGUCCACACUCGGCGACAAAUACUGCACCAACCGAGGACAUGAACGAUUUGAACCUUAUCACAACACUUCUGACCAAUUUUCAGAGAAUCGUCAAAAACAGAGUACCCCUGCCGAUAACGUUGAUGCACCGAUCGUAUUACGUGCUCUUGAGAAUGUCUGCAAAAAGUUAAUCACGUCAGAAUCAUUAUUAAACGAAUUGGAUCGUCACGGAGGAGACGGUGACUGUGGGACUACUUUAAAAACUGGAGCACAAGGAAUACUGGCUUCGUUGGGUAAUUACACGAAUCGUCAUGUGUAUGAAAUUCUAUCGUCGGCUGCAGAGUCACUUGAAAACACAAUGGGAGGCGCUUCGGGUGGUCUAUAUAGCUUAUUCCUAACAGCUGCAGCAAGAAGGUUGCGCAAAGACACCAGCCCACCGUCCUGGAUAAACGCGCUAGGAUCGGGGAUAAACGCAGUUUCAAGGUUUGUUAGUACAAAAUAA